GCUUCCUCUACGCAUUCGGUGACGGAUGCUAGCUGAAGGAUAGAUAUUACCCAUGUGAACGACGCCUAGGAAGGGGUUAGUCGAGUAGCGGUCGGAUUCCCGACUCUGUGCGACUCUGCUUAUAUUCUGGCCAGUCGUGUGCUGUGUAUGGGCGACUGUUGUCUGGAUUGACAUUUCAUCCCGUCUGGCAAACAGAUAUAUCGCCAUUCACCCUCGUCUUACCAGUUCGACGGUGGGAGGUGCUGGCUAGAAAAGUCCAGCUUUCAGCUCCAUUGACCGUUUCAUACACAACUCCUACAACAACGCUGGGUCGAUCAUUCUCGUCCACGAUGGCGGACGGGUUAACGCCAGGACAGCUUGAGGCAGUUGUCGUCAUUGAGAGGGUCGGCUCCGUGUUCUCGAUACUGGGAUGCGUCUUCAUCAUCGUCACCUUCCUGCUCUUUAAGGCAUUCCAUAAACCGAUCAACCGUCUAGUAUUCUACGCUUCCUUCGGAAACUUGAUGACAAACGUGGGGACGCUGAUGGCGAGGGAAUAUGUGACCCAGGUGGAUUCAUUCGGAUGCCAAUUUCAAGCAUUCCUCAUCCAGAUGUUCAUGCCCGCCGACGCCCUCUGGAUCUUAGCUAUGGCCUUCAACGUCUACCUGACCUUCUACCACAAGUUCGACGCGAGACGGUUGCGGAGCAUGGAAAUUUGGUAUCUGCUAAUUUGCUACGGCAUCCCCUUCGUACCCGCCCUCACGUUCAUAUUUGUCCAGAACGAGUCGGCCGGCAGGAUGUACGGCGACGCUCUGCUGUGGUGCUGGGUGAGCUCGGAAUGGGACAUAUUCCGUAUCGCUACCUUCUACGGACCGGUCUGGGUCACGAUCCUUCUCACGAUGUCGAUUUAUAUCCGGACAGGUGGAGAGAUUUGGCGGAAGCGCAAACAGCUGCGGUACUUUGGCGCUAGUAGCAGCAGUGCCCAUGACCCGGAGCCGUUCGGCGCGGGUGGUCCUUAUACGAUAAAGACCACCGAGGUCACGGUCACGACGGAAGCCGCCGAAGAGGGCCAGGACGGUAUCGAUCUCGCUCCGCUCGGCCGGCUCGCCGUGCCGAAGAAGAAGGCGGCAUACUCGGUGACGAUAUCGUCGGCGGCGCCGCCUCCGACGCCUCAAGGGGACACGUCGUCGGUCAGCGCCAGCGCCCGGGAUAGCAUGCCGGCCGCAACGACGACGACGACGACGACGACGACGUCGACGGUUAGGGGACGGACGGCGGCGUCGGCAGCGAAGUCGCAGCGGCGGCGGGCGAACUUCGAGGCGAGCAACGCGGCGUGGUCGUACAGCAAGUGUGCAAUCCUCUUCUUCACGGCGCUGCUGGUCACCUGGCUCCCCUCGUCGGCGAACCGCGCGUACGGGGUCGUUAACCACGACGGCGUGCAACCGGCCCUCGAGAUCAUGAGCGCCGUCGUCCUGCCGCUCCAGGGCUUCUGGAAUACGCUGAUCUACGUCGCGACGAGCUGGGAGGCGGUUAAGAUGACCGCGGCAGACGUCAUGGCCCGCGGCUGGGGUGGUGUCCAGGGCGAGCGGGCGGCGACGGCGACGGCGCACUUUGGCGGGGGCGGGAGCGGGGGCGGAGGAGGACAAAACGAGGGGGGCUUCCACGACAGGGACAGGGACCGGCGCGCGUUCGCCUUCCGCCUGUCGGGCCGCGGCGGGCGCAAGGACCCGGAGAGCGAGAGCAUGACGGAGCUAGCCACGGAGGGCGACGACACGAGGAGUUCUAGCCGGGACGCCAAGGGGCAGACGUGACAGCGGGGCGCGGCAGGCGUCGUCGGUCCGGACUUGGGUACGGGAUCGGUGUCAAGGGGGUGUUUUAUUCUUUUCUUUUUUUACGGUCGACGAUUGACUUGGUCACACAUUCGCCAUAGCAAAUCCAUGAAUUCGCAGAUAUAUCCCUCG